AGAGAAAGGAAGGGAGGCGUAUUGAAUGCUUAAUGUUCACGCUUCACCACAUCCGAAACUCGCUGGGUGAACACGCGUGUCUUGACGUCGUUCCGGAAUGAGACUGCUGACAAGUUUUUAUUCUGUGGAGUUUAUUUACAGCAGGUUUGUUUCUCUGUGAGUCCUGAACGAUCAUCAUGAGACACUUUAUCAGUCUGCUGCUGAUGUUAUGGAUCUGGAGCUCCAGCGGGAGCCGAACGAAGCGAGACAUUGUGUGCCACGACGGCGCUGGAUACUUGCACAACAACAACAACAACCUCUGCUGCCUCAACUGUCCAGCUGGUACUUUUGUCAAAGAGGGGUGCAGCAAGGCGCUUGAGAGAGGUGUGUGUCAGCAGUGCAACUUUGACACCUACACCGAGCAUGAUAAUGGACUGAGCAGGUGUUUGAAGUGUACCAAGUGUCGCCCAGAUCAGGAGCUUGUGGAGCGAUGCAACAGCACCAGAAACACACGCUGCCAGUGUAAAGCCGGUUCCUUCUGUCUGCCAGAACAAGCCUGUGAGAUCUGCAAGACGUGCAGGAAAUGUAAAGAAGACGAGAAGAUGGUGGAGAACUGCACAGCCAACUCAAACACCAUCUGCCAAAAAAGAGGCCCCGUCUCCCCUCGGACAUGGCAAGGGGCAGUCAUCUCAGUCAUGGCAUUAAUCAUGGUAAUCUUGAUCUUCCUGUGUUUCCUGUACUGGAAAACAAUGCCUGCAGAUAAGAAAGCAGUGGCAUCAAAAUGGCUGAGAGGAAUUUGGAAAACGGACACGGCAAAUGACAGUAAUUUGGUGGAGAUAAAUCAGAACUGUGUGAACAUCAGCAUACUGGAGAAAGGAGGACAGUUCCAGCCCCUCAUCAGUCUGACUCAGCCGGUGGGUGAAGACAUAGAGGACGAGGAGGAUAAAGGGCUUGGCCCAAGCCUCCCCAACACCACAGCCUCGUCCCAGACCAGCCUGCCUGUGUGCGCGCCUGCCUCAGCUGACGCAAGCGAGUACUGCCUUAGCCGCUUACUGCCUCUGCAGCUUAACGCUCGGGAAAAUGGAACACUGUGUAGGCUUGUUCCUUUAAAUGCAGAUGACUCUCUGAGGAAAAGCUUUGACCUGUUCGGAGAGAUAGACAUGAACUACCACAACCGCUUCUUCAGGUUCCUCGGCCUGAGCGACAACAUCAUAAAGACCACCGAGAUGACCUGUUCUUUGCCUGAGGAUAGGGUGUACGAGCUGCUGAAGGUCUGGAUGGAGAAAGAAGGCAUGAAGGCGGAUUUUAACAGCCUCAUCGAAGCCCUUUGUUAUCUGAACCAGAAGCUGUCUGCAGAAAGCAUCAUCGCAAGAGCCAUCGAGAGUGGCUACUUCAGAUAUGAAGACUGAAAACAAGCACAAGAUCUUCUAUGGUGCUUGUGGAAAACUGUGAAAAUUGGACUUGAGUGUUAUUUAUUAUUUUUGAAUGUAUACUUUUUGCCUUUAUUAUUUGUGAAUGUCGGCAUUUCGUGAAAUUGUACAUUUUUAUUUUUUGGCCUUUAAAUAAUGUAUGAAGUACUGAUUGGUUGACUUUGAUAUUCAUCCAUUCUGUUUCCUACUUUUUGUGAGGUAAUAUUAAAUGUCUUAUUUGCUAAAUGUGUUUUGUACCUUUUAUAAAAUAAGCAGGAUGAAUAUUGAUUAUACUAUGGUGGAAAACAACACCACAAACUAAGAUAUGGUUGAUAUUAUCAAUUUUCUUUCACUUGUUAAUUCUCACAUAAAUGAUGCACAACCAUACUUGUAACUAAGGAUUAGUUUACUUUUUAAACGCAAUAUUCUUAUUUGACAUUUUUAUUUCAUAAGAGCAAUGUACAGAAGUAGUUUUUUUUUUAAACUGGAGUAUUUAUAGCUUGUCAUACCGUUAUUGACCGCAUGAGGGCGGUGCUGCAUAAA